AUUUUAUCAUUUUAUGAAUCAAUUGAUUGAUCAUCACGAAGACCGACCUUAGAAGAUAUCACAACUAUUGUCUAUCAUAUCAACUUAUCUAGUGAUAUAGAUUCAUACGGCGUGAAUUAUAUAAACGCAUCAAGAUGUUCGCGCGACCCUUAUCGGCGGCCCUUAGACAGGCCCCGAGGCCUAUUGCUCGACGAGCUAUGUUCAAGACACCAUCGCCCUUCCUCACAUCCUUCCAACAACGACUACUUUCCGACCAUACCAAACAAGCGAUCGAGAAAGCCGUCGCAUCAGCACCCGUAGUCCUGUUCAUGAAGGGUACACCCGAGACGCCACAAUGCGGUUUUUCGCGCGCCAGCAUCCAGAUCCUCGGUCUACAAGGUGUUGACCCUAACAAGUUCGCCGCCUUCAACGUGCUCGAGGACCAAGAAUUGCGAGCGGGUAUCAAGGAGUUCUCGGACUGGCCUACUAUCCCCCAACUCUACAUCGAUAAGGAGUUCGUCGGUGGUUGCGAUAUCCUCGUGUCUAUGCACCAAGAUGGUUCUCUAGCUAAGAUGCUUGAGGAGAAAGGUGUACUAGCUCCCCUAGACGGUUCCGAAUCUAAGGAGGAAAGUAGUUAAACGAUGUAUGGAACAGCAAAAUGAAAAUACGAUCGAGUUGUACGAUUCGGGUACAUACGGAUUUAAUAGACGGGCGCCAGGCUGGUUUACGCCAUCUAAAAUAAUGAUAAGAAAUGAAGGACCACGAGUGAGUGACCGCAUUGGUAUAAUCCGUAAGGUUAGAAGACGAUUCCCCUCAAAAUAGAGAUGUGGCGAUAUCAUUGGAUAUAAUACUAUACAUUAAAAUCUAACACAUACAUAUGAGACUUUGAUACUCUUGGAAUUUACUAGAUCUACUGUCGUUUACUCUAACAUUUCAUAGCACUUCAAGUCAGCGACGACUGCGACCCCCUUACAAAGGAUACGCUGCACCAUC